AGAAAACAGUUGUUGAUCAAUCUUGCAGAAAUAAACACACAUGCAUAUAUACAAACAGAAGAAAAAUAAAAAGAACUGAUCAGAAGAAAAAAAAAAAUGAAGAAGACAGGGAGAUCAGGGAAAGAGAGAAUAACAUCUCAAAAAGAAGAAGAAGGAACAGUGAGGAAAGGGCCAUGGACUAUGGAAGAAGAUUUGAUCCUCUUUAAUUACAUACUUAAUCAUGGUGAAGGUCUUUGGAACUCUGUCGCCAAAGCCUCUGGUCUAAAACGUACGGGAAAAAGUUGUCGGCUCCGGUGGCUGAACUAUCUCAGGCCAGAUGUGCGGCGAGGGAACAUAACAGCAGAAGAACAGCUUUUGAUCAUUCAACUUCAGGCUAAGCUUGGAAACAAGUGGUCGAAGAUUGCGAAACAUCUACCGGGGAGAACGGAUAACGAGAUAAAGAAUUUCUGGAGGACAAAGAUUCAGAGACACAUGAAAUUGUCGUCGUCGAAAACUAUGAAUAGUCGUCACUGCUUGGGAAGUUCACAGAGCUCGGUGAUGACAACGACGGACCAAGGCAGCUCCAGCAAAGCCUUACAUAUGGCUGAGAGUUUAAAAUCCACAGAGACGAUGACGACAUCAUAUAAUGUGAUGGAUCAGUCUAACGACAGUUACUGGAGCGUUGAAGAUCUAUGGCCCGUCCAGUUGUUUAAUGAUGACCACCACCAACACCAAUUGCUUUAAUUAUAUUACAAAUAUAUAAUGAAUUUAAAUGAAUGAUUAUGAUGAAUUU